AAGAGACUCAACCAAAAGUAGCAACUAGCAAGGGUUAUAAUUUUUUUUAUUUUUUAUUGUUUACAUUUUUUACCCAAAAGUAGCAGCUAGCGAGGUUUCAUUUUAAAUGAUUAUUUUUCAUGUUGAUGUCCCCAAAAUGCUGAAACUAAACAAUGAGAACCGGGACACAACCAUAACUAGCUAGCAAAAUUGUAUUUGAAAUGUUUAUUUUUUUUCCACCCAAAAUGUUUUAUCCUGACGAGAACCAAGAGACUCAACCUAAAGUAGCAGCUAGCAAAAUUGUAUUUUACAUGUUUAUUUUUUCCAUGAUUCCCCCCGCCCCCAAAAAAUGCUUUCUCCAGAUGAUGAGAGCAAAGAGACUCAAGCCGAAAGUAACAUCUAACCGCGCCUCCGUGUGGUUUGGACAUACAAAUACAACUUUUUAUGGUAUUGUAAUUGAGCAUUAUUUGUGUCAAAGGAGGGGGGUGCGUAAUAGACAUCAGAUAAGAGCAAACAAGCGGUUUUCAACAAAGGUCGUCCAACGUUUAGCCAGUUUGGCUGACAUGGAUGUCAUCAUCGAUCAAGGUGCGUCCACGCUGGUCCCGGCAGGUGCACCUGUCAGCCCAGCUUGUCCGUGGCUGGGUGGAGUCUCUCCCCACCGAGUGGUUCUACCGGUUCCACCUGUCAGCUGACGAGGGAUGGGCAGGACACACUCUGCCCCUUCACAACCGCCGCCAGCCCGCAAUAAAGAAGGAAGUGUAUGGAUGCGGUCGGACCGGUUCUCUCUUCCGCCUCAGCACUGUCCUGGCGUGGAGGGGGAGCGACGAGGGGACUGGAUGUAUUUUCUACUCUCUCCGGGGGGCUUCUAAUGUCUAGCAGCGCCACAUCGGGAAGGGAGCCUGAGCGAGCGAUUGCAGCAUGGGGUCGGACGACACGUACAAUUUUGUCUUUAAAGUGGUUUUGAUCGGGGAGUCCGGCGUGGGCAAGAGCAACCUCCUGACGCGCUUCACCAAGAACGAGUUCAACCGCGACAGCCGCACCACCAUCGGCGUGGAGUUCAGCACACGCACCGUCCAGCUGGACAACUGCACCAUCAAGAUGCAAGUGUGGGACACGGCCGGCCUGGAGCGCUACCGGGCCAUUACCUCAGCCUACUACCGCGGCGCGGUGGGCGCCCUGCUGGUGUACGACAUCAGCAAGCACCUGACCUACGAGAGCGCCGAGCGCUGGCUCAAAGAGCUGUACGACCACGCCGACCCCCACAUCGUGGUCAUGCUGGUGGGCAACAAGAGGGACCUGGACAACCUGCGCACCGUGCCCGCCGAGGAGGCCAGGACCUUUGCAGAGAGCAAGGGUCUGCUGUUCAUGGAGACGUCGGCGUUGGACUCCACCAACGUGGAGGCGGCCUUCAUCGACGUCCUGACGGAGAUCCAUCGCAAGGUGGCCAGCAGAGAGGUGACGCGGGGCUCCAUCAGCGCCGUCACGCUGUCGGGGGUGAGCCGAGACAACGGCGAGGCCCAGGAGGAGCGAAGGCGAUGCUGUAAUAGCUCGUGAAAACACACAACCGUACCGUCUUCUUCUUUGGCCGCUAACAUUUAGUUUUCAAUGACGACUCAAAAGACACGUGUCGCAAAUCGUCUUUCUGCAUUGAAAUGAAUGAAAACGCCGUUAAUCCUUUUCGGUGUCCCAAAAACAGCCACCCAAUUUUUUGUAACAUGUUUUCAAAUUGAAAAAUAGCACUCCGGUAGUCACAUUAGUGUCAAGAAUUCAACACUUUAUGCAUCGCGAUUAUUCAAUGGGCAUUGUGCCAUUGUGCGGCUCCUUCUGGUGUGUGCGCUUUGGCUACCAGGGGGCAGUAUAUGCCCGUGAGUAUUGUUGUAUGCUCUGUCUGCCUGUGUUCAAAUCAAAGUUGUUUGAAGGUUUACAAGUACAGCAAUAUCAAUGCUAGUUUCAUUAGCCCGUCUAGGGUGUUUCCCAUUAUGUAUCAGCAUUCAGCUAGCCGGCUAAAGGCAAAGUUAAGUGGUUUGGUUAAAUACGUGUAAAUGGUCUUGCUAGCCAGCUGACGUUUUACAGUAAACCUUUACUGGGAGUGCCGUUCGUUGUGAAGUUCUCACAUUUUUGCUCACAACUCAAGACCCAAAAACUGCAACGGUUCGUACCGCGAAAAUCUCCGAAGUCUGAUCACUCGUAAGUAGAGGUACCACGCAAAUGAAGCUUUCAUUGUAAAGUUGAGUCGCUGUUGGAAAAGAAAGCACUGACAAUAAUUUGAAAUAAAUUAUUUAAGCUUCAAACAAAGAUUCUUUUUUUUUUAUUAUUAUUAUCAUUCAAGUCAAAAUGACCCAAGUCAAAAUGUACAAUAAUAUUCAAUCAUUUAGCAGGGACAAAGGAAGUGAAAAAUCGAAUAAGUGUUAAACUGCGCUUAAUGUAACAUGAAUGUACACCCAUUAUUGUUAAUUUGAAUUAUUAGUCACUGGCUGUAAUUAACAGUAAUCAUAAUUAUCAUCGGUGUUCUUUCCAAAGUGGAAUGUCGCUUUGUAAACCACAUUUCUAACGAGUCACAUUUUUUUUUUUUUUUUUUUUCAUGAAAAAUAUUUUUGUCUCAAAACCUUACGAUUUUUCUCUCUCGAAAUUACAAAUAAAAUCUUGAGGCAUUAUGUAUUUUUUCCUGAAAAUUGUGACUUUGUGCUCUUGAAACAUUCUACUAACUCAGUCAUGUAACAUUCUGACUGCCUCUAGAAAUUACAACUUCAAUUUCGUAAUAUUUCUACUUUUUUCUCAUAACAGUAUAAUUUUUUAAAACUGCAACUUGCGAAAUUCUUCAACAUUCUAUGUAAAAUUCUCUAUUUUUUUUUAUUUUAAAUGUAAAUUUAGUAGUAGUAGUGCAAAUUUUAUUUUCUACAAUAGGAAUUUUCUUGACAAUUAACUUUUUCCCCCCAAUAAAGAUUUUGACUUUUUCUUAUAACUUACAACUUUAGCUGUGCAAUAUAACACAUUUUUAUCCUCAUAACAUAAAUUGUUUUUCUUGUAACUUUCGACUUCUCGCUCGUAACCUUACGACUCAUAAUGUUAUGGUUUUUUUCCUUGAAAAUUACUUCUUACGUCUCAUAAUGUAUCACAAUUCCGUUUUCCCUCAAUGGUGUGAUUUAUUAUUUUUAUUUUUUUGUGAAUAAUUUUGCAUAACUGUCUUGCAGUUGUCAUAAAUGGAUAAACAAUUUAAACAAUAUUGUGCGUGUGAAACUGUGGCCUGAAAGGCAUCAACAAUAUUGCGCUCACAUCGUCAAUCUGGUGUUUGCUCAUCACGUGAAAAUAUGGUUGUCAUGGUAACCACCUCUGACGCCUCCGUGGCGAGCUAAUGAACGACCGCACGAUGAAAGGAAUUUGCGUAACCGUUUCACCACGAGCGAGGAUUUAAUUGGCUUACUUGUGUUGUAUUUGUGUGCGUGUGCAAAUUGUGAUGACUAAUACUUAUCAUAGAAGUAUAAUAGGACAAACUCGCCUAGCAACACGGAAUAAAUGCUCUACAAAGCUUUUUUUAAAUUACAUUAAUUCAAUGACAAUAUGAGUGGUAUUAACACUUAAGUCUCAUCUUUUUUCCCUUGGG